GUCAAGAAGAAAAGCCUCUCAAAGCCUGGACGACAUGGAGAGGCAGGAAGAAUCAAUGGCCACAGGAGGGCACUGUAUCACCCUGAGUGGAAAGCCUGAGCUGCAGUCUAUGGAGGGAACGCUGGAGAGGAAGCACAAGCUGCAGCUGGGAGGAAAGAAAGCUGCCUCCAGGGGCUGGAACUCCUACCAUGCUGUCCUAUAUAGACACACCUUGUGCUUCUACCAGGAUAGAAAGGAUACACUGAGGAGCUCUGCGUGUGGCCUGCCUCUGAACCUCACGGGAGCCGAGUGUUCCCCUGCACCAGAGUACACCAAAAAGCCCAACUGCAUUCGACUACGGCUCCGUGAUGGGUCUGAAUAUCUGCUCAAUGCCUCCUCACGCUUUAUGAUGAAGAAAUGGAUGAUGAAAAUACAAGCAAACGCGGGGCGGAGUGAGUCUGUGUCUCCACUAUCGAGUGUCCCAGUUGAUAACGACCCCUCCAUUUCCUUAAAGCCCUUCCUCUGCUCCGGUUGUCAUGGUCUCACCAAAUGCCACUGCGCCUCCCGCCGUGAUGUCACCUCCACGUUCCCCAGGCGCAAACCGCCGGGCGCCGCCCAAACCAAAGAGAUUGUUGUCCUCACCAGAGAGUUCAGUCACAUGCCGCAGAGUCAUUUAAGGAGUGUGGAUGAGCAGUCGACCAUCUCAUCCUCAGAUGGAGGCUGCUGUGAUGGUGAAGAAGACAGUUUAAAGCAGACAAUGACCUACAGACUGUCUGGAGCAUCCAGAGACAACACCUCUUCCUCCCCUCGCUCCCCUGUCUCCAGCGGUCAGGACUGGCUCAGCAACAAGCGUCGCUCCCACUCCUUCACGUCAGCAACGUUUCAGAAGAUCAAACCCACGUUGCACACCCCUGGGGGCAGAGGCCUGGAAAGAGGCUCCAACUACUGCGUGACUCUUGUUGUUGGAGACAAGUCAUCGGACAGCGCGUCCAUCAGCAGAAGCUCCGAGCCCCCGCUGCUGGCCUUAGCUGGAUGGCAGCAGGACGCCUGUCAGGACUCGGCUCUGAGGAGCUACGCCAGCCUGCCACGGCCACGCAACAAGUCCGUCUUCAAAAAGUUCUUCGGAAAAAGGGACCUCUGAGUUUUGAAAAUUAUGUUUUACUAAUAAAGGUUUUUUACAAAUAGUUUCUAAUGUGCAGUGCACAUAUUUGUUGAACAGCAAAAAUACGCUACUACUGACUAUAUUUAUGAUCGGAAGACCUGCAACGGUUUUAUUUUUGAUGUGUUCCAUAUAAAUCACUUUAAGUCCUUUUUAUAAUGAGGGUUUGUUUGUAUUAUUCUCUUUUACAAUACUGUGUGAGUGUGCACCGUGUAGUUGUAGAUUUGAUUAAUUGAAAAACACAUUUUCUCGCCAGCCUUAUUUCAUAUUUCUGUGUGUAGUUUUUGGAUUGUUGUGUUGGGUUAACAGUCUCUGUAUAAAGAACCUACCUGCUCAGUAGAGAAUCUGUUUGAUACCAAAUUUCGAGAAUAAUCACCGUGAUAUCACCUCGAAUCAGUUAUGACCGAGUAUUAUCCUGAACUCAUGACAUACUUCACAUGUACAGCGCGUUGACCAAAACAUUUUCCUCUUUACACUAAAGUCAGCAGUUUGAUACUGCUUGAGCUCGUUUGAUAAUAAUACUUUUUUAAAUACAAACUGUAGCAAAGACUAUUCAUAAUAAAAUAUUCAUAAGCAAUGA